AUGGAGAUUUCUUGGCUAAUAUUCUUAGCAAUUUUCACAAUUUCCCUCUUCAAAUUUCUACUUAAAAAAACACCAACAAGUAAUUUACCACCCGGACCUCCAAAGUUACCCUUGAUUGGCAACCUCCACCAACUAGCAAAGGGCAACAUCCUCCCGCACCGCCGCUUCGCUCAGUUAGCGGCGGUGCACGGCCCUAUCAUGCACCUCAAACUCGGGGAAAUAUCCACCGUCGUGAUGUCAACGGCGGAGAUGGCGAGGGAGGUGAUGAAAACUCACGACGCGGUGUUUUGUAAUAGGCCGUCGCUUAGGGUUGGGAAAGAGCUUUUUUAUGAGUUUACGGAUAUUGGACUUGCCCCGUUCGGUGAGUAUUGGCGGCAGGUGAGGAAGAUAUCGGCGUUUGAGCUGUUUACGACGAAGCGGGUUGAAUCUUUCCGGCCGAUUAGGGAGGAGGAGGUGGCGGAGCUAAUGGAGUCGUUAAGGUUAGAGGCGGGUUCGACGAUUAAUCUUAGCAAGAAACUUUUUGGUCUCACAUUUAACAUUUCGUCCAGGGUAACCUUCAAUAAGAAAGGCAAAGGCAGAGAAGAAUUUCACGCACUAAUCGCAGGCAUUGUAGAGGCUGCCUCCGGUUUCUCCAUCGCAGACGUCUACCCGUCUUUCGGGACGUUGCUUCAUUCAAUUAGUGGGAUGAAGAAAAAAUUCAAAAAACUUGUUGAGCAAACCAAUAGAAUUCUCGAUCCUAUAAUUGAAGAACACAUGACAAAGAAGAAAGAUCGAGGAAACAACGACAACGACGACUAUAAUGAGGACUUGGUGGAUGUUCUUCUUAAGUUUCAUAAGGAUAAUGCCCAACCCACUCAAGAGUUUUCCUUGAGUACUGAUAACGUCAAGGCUGUUCUAUUGGAGGUAUUUGGUGCCGGAAGCGAGACGUCAUCAACGGUAAUGGAAUGGGCAAUGUCCGAGUUACUAAAGAACCCAAAAGCAAUGGAGAAGGUACAAUCCGAGGUGCGACAAGCGUAUCAAGAAAAAGGAACAGUUGACGAGACAACGGUACACGAGCUCAAAUACUUGAAACACGUAAUAAGAGAAACGUUACGACUCCAUCCACCCGUCCCUCUUUUGGUCCCUAGACAGUCAAUGGAGAGAUGUCAAAUCAGUUCUUACGAUUUACCUCCCAAAACUCGAGUCAUUAUCAAUGCAUGGGCUAUUGCAAGGGAUCCCAAAUUUUGGCCUGAACCCGAAAAAUUUAAUCCCAAUAGAUUUGAAGAAUGUUCAAUUAAUUAUAAAGGAAAUACUAAUUUCGAGCUGAUUCCUUUUGGCGGGGGAAGGAGAAGGUGCCCCGGAAUGACACUAGGGAUAGCUAAUGUUGAGCUACCGCUAGCCAUGUUGCUCUACCAUUUUGAUUGGAAAUUACCUCGCGGUGUUGAAAGUCCAGAAUCUUUAGAUCUGGAUGAAUCUUAUGGCAUAACAAUGCGUAGGAAGAAUGAUUUGUAUGUAAUUCCUAUCCCUUACCCUAAUCAAUAAGAUCAUUAAUACAUUGUGUUGAAUAGAUCGAGGUUCAGUGUAUGUUGCAUGUAAGAUUGUAAUCCGCCACACUGUUGAUCAUGUAUUGACUUGGCAUUGCCACUAUUAUUCAUCAUCGAUUAAUCUUGAUUUAUGAAUGAUAUGAUCAAGCUUCUAGCGUAGUCGACGAUUACAAUCGACUAA